CCCUCACCCCUCUUCCUUCAGUAGUCAUAUUUUCUUGGCUUAAAAAAGCUAGAAGAAAUGAGUCUUACUGGUAAGCUCGUUAACCAAAUCGAGAUAAAAUCCGAUGGAGAUGUGUUUCAUGAAAUUUUUAGGCACAGACCACACCAUGUAUCUGCCAUGAGCCCUACUCAUAUUCAAGGUUGUGAUCUGCAUGAUGGUAAUUGGGGAACCGUCGGAUCUGUCAUCUUCUGGAAUUAUACUCACGAUGGAAAAAAGAAAGUGGCCAAAGAGGUUAUCCAGGCCAUAGAUGAGGCAAAGAGGUCAAUCACAUUCAAGGUGAUUGAAGGAGAUGUGCUGGAGUUAUACAAGACCUUCAUCAUAACAGUUCAUGUUGAUGCCCAUGGCAAAAGCAACUUGGUUACAUGGACCUUCGAGUAUGAGAAAAAGAAUCCCAAUAUCCCAGAUCCAAAUACUCUGAUGGACUUUUGCCUUCAUGUCACUAAGGAUAUUGAGACUCACCAUCUCAAAUGAAGGGGUGCUAAAUUGUCAUCAUAGAUAGAUGGCACGAACAUGUGUGUUCGGAAGUUCCAAGAUCUCUCUCCAAUUAGUGUAUUGAAUAAAUGUAAGCUCGAUGAAGGUUGUACCUGAAAUAUAUUGUGUGCAUGCUCCUAUGAGUUAUGAUAAUAUCAUGUGUUAAUGGUGUGGUCCAAUAAUCGAUGUAAUAAUUAUCAGUUGUUUAAUGAAUUUCUAUGUAUUGAAAACUUUGUGUCUC